ACAAAUAACUUUAUUUAUUUAUAUUUUAGGGGCUUUGAGGGUCACAAUGAGGACAUCAGUUGUACCAGUACUCAGGGACAAGGAUGUCACCAUUUACUGCGAUAUAUCUGGCCUAAAUACCGGGAGAGCCAUUGCUGUACUAUGGAGAAGGACAUCAGAGAACGGCACUGAACACGAUGUGUAUGAAUACAAUGAAGGAAAAGUGACUGUAUUCAGAUCAGGAUGUACCAUGGAGAAGAUGGAGAUCCUGAAAGGAAACGCAGAGCUGCACAUCCCCAGGUCCAGUUCUCCGAUGAGGGGGAUUACACCUGUACAGUGAUAAAUACUCCGGAGAAAGAGAGGAGGGUAGAGUUACCCUACAGGUGUCAGUUCCUCCAUCAGCUUACAUGACACCAAACGAUCUGACCAUCGAGUCGGGGUCAGAGAAGACGGUGACGUGUGAAGUUCAUACCUUUUACCCAAAAGAUAUUUCCAUACGCUGGGGUCAGUAUCGUAAGGGAUCAUCUGACUGUGAGCUCCUAGAGAUCUGGACCUGUGUGAAGAAUGUGCUUAUUAAUUCAGACGGGACGUACAAUGUGACAAGUCUACUGACCCUGAACCCCAAGAAAGAGGAUGAUGGGAACACGUAUUCCUGUAUUAUCAGCCACCGAUCUCUGCGGACUGAACUGUCCUGGAAUCUCACCCUCACAGUCACAGAGAAACAAGAUAACAUCGGAACCAUUAUCACCGCUGUGGUCGUGACAAUUCUGUGCACAUUAUUUCUGGGACUUUUGGUUUUCCUCUACUUCAGAUUUGUAAAGAAAGAUCCUCCCACUCUCUCUGAGAUCACCGGAAACAACGAGCUGAUUGACAUGAACAGGACGACUCUGACUUGUCAGAUUAUGGACUUCAAACCCAACGACAAGAAAUCCUUGUGUGUAUGAGGAGAUCUGAGGAGGAGGAGAUGAAGACCAUCUACACCUGGAGGUCUGGAGGUCACCCCCCGCUCAGGUCAGGAUAAGGAGAGAUGAUGGUGGAGAGGAUGAAGAUGUUAUAGAUAUGGAGGAGGGGAAACAACUGAUGAACGGCUCUCCAAGACAUGAGGACAGACCUCUACAGCUGGAGAUGGACCCUAUUAUCAGUAAGAAGAAGCUUGGAUCAUUCAACUGUCAGUGUUCUCUCCAUAUAACUCCCAGCUAUGACCUGCAUAAUGGAGCGGAAUUAUCUGUCCAAGUAAAACACUCGGCACUGACAUCUCUGACCUCGGUACGCAGGACACUCAACGUCAUCGGAGUCCCUCCCAAGUUGUUGUCCAUCAUGUGCCCAGAACGUGUCAUCCAUGAGGAGCAGCUGACACUGAGCUGUCCAAUCAAUGGCUUCAAACCGCGAGCUUUGUCCAUCACCUGGCUGAAGAGGAACAAGGACAACCGAGAGACCGAUCUGGUGACAUGGAAUGCUGGGAGUGACACCACUCACACUGAGAGAUAUUCACACUUUCUAAAGAAACAUGAACAUGACGAUAACUCCUACAGCUUUAUCAGUGCUCUGACCAUGAAACCAACGGUGACAGAAGAUGACGGAGCGACAUAUAUCUGUAGAACCUUCCACCCUGCUACACAUCACCAGGAGGAAACGGAGCAGAUCCUCAAUGUGACCGCGGUUCCUUCCCUGGACUGCAUAGUGAAGGUUAAGGACAAUGUCUGUGUCGGUGAGAAUUUGGAUCUGUCCUGUAGGAUUCACUCAUUUUACCCGCCGGACAUACAAGUCACAUGGUACACGGAAGAUGACGUCAUGUUACCAUCAAACAGCACUGACCCCCUCCCAGAAAAUGAGGGACUCUAUCAUACCACCAGCACUUGUAGUUACACGGUAACAAUGAAGGAUCUGAAGAAGAUCUUCCGAUGUCGGGUUCAGCAUGUCAGCCUAUCGAAUCCGAAGCAUGUGACCUGGACCCUGACAGAGAUAAUCUCUCCGCCCACCCUGGACCCCAUACAGUGCUCCCCCGGACCCCCUGAGUUGGGGCAGACGGUGACGUUGUCCUGCAGAAUCAGUAACAUGUACCCCGGAGAUCCCACCAUUCAGUGGUACCGGCGCACUCACCAAAUAUACCGACGAGAAAUGGAAGGACCACAUCCAGGAAGAUCCCCAGUCCAGGUUGUUCUCCGGAACCACAGAGCUGACACUCACUCCCCACGUUGGAGGAACACGGCGUCCCCAUCCGCCUGGAGGUCACACAUGGGGGGAAGACCUUCAUCAAAGAAUAUCCGCUACACCUGAAAGGGGUCCCAGUUCUCAGUGAGAUCUCCAGUGAUCCCCGUAUACCGGAUUAUGGAAAGUCUCUGACUCUGCGCUGCGAUGUGGUUGGCUGUGAUCCCAGACACACCCCUGAGGUCACCUGGUCAGAGAGUGGAAGAGAUCUGGGGAAACACCAGCAGAGAGUGACCCGAGGCAGCGGAGACGUUCUGUCCUGUUCUCUGACCUUCACACCGACAGCUGAGAAUAGUGGGCGGGUCUAUACCUGCACUGUGACGCACAGAAACAUGGAACAUUCUAGUGCCAAAAACCUGCACCUGAGGCUCCCAGAGAGACCGCCCACAUUAUCGGACAUUAUCGUCCAUCCAAUGAGUGUGGCAGCCAAUCAGAAAGCCUCAUUCAAGGUAACAAUAUCCGGAUUCUCCCCCCGAGACCUACAAAUAAAAAUGGUUUAAGGAGUUCAGCACCUUCCCCCAAUCUGAGGUGACAAUAUUGGAUCCAGAGAUCGGAUCGGACGGUCUGUAUAAAUCUUCCAGCACGCUGGCCUUCACCCCGAAGAUGACCGAUGAUAAAACGUCCAUCCGGUGUGAGGUGACACACAGUCAGUCCAAGAUCGUCCGAGAGAAGAGAUAUACUCUGCACCUGACAGGAGAUCCUAAGCCAGAAGAACCAUCAAAGACCGGUAAGAAUGAGUUAAAAAUCACCCUAAGAAUAAGAACUGUAA